GAAGUUGAAUUGAAGCUUUACAAUUAGCUCCCGCGAAUUGAAGAAACUUACAGAGAUUCGUUCCCCACCACGCAGCUAUCGAAACAGCUUUUGUGAACUCGGAGAAUGGAGGACGAAAGGAAGAAGAAGAAGAAACACAAGAAAAACAAGAAUAAGCAGGCAAAAACAACUGGAGAUCAAAGUAUUGGUGCUGUAGAAUCUUGCAAUGGAGAUCAAAGUAUUUUGACUGAGCAGAAUCAUCAACUUCAAGCUUCUGAUACCUCAGAUAAGCAGGAACCUGUGUCUAAUACUGAUGAUGAUUUAGGGAAAUAUCAAGUUCAUGAUGCAGGGAAUGUCAUACUUGAAGAGAAGGUCGAGAACCAGUUGAACGAAAUCCGGAGAUUGUUGUUGGAAAAGGAUAACUUGGAAGGGUCAAUUAGAAGAUUGGAGGAGGAAAAUGAUAAACACAUCCAAAACGAGGUUAACUUAAAAGGGUCAAUUAGAAGAUUAGAGGAGGAAAAUGAUAAACGCAUCCAAAACGAGGAUAAUUUGAAAGGGUCCAUCAGAAAGUUAGAGGAGGAAAAUGAUAAACACAUCCAAAAUGAGGAUAAUUUGAAAGGGUCAAUCGGAAGGUUAGAGGAGGAAAUUGAUAAACACAUCCAAAACGAGGAUAAUUUGAAAGGGUCAAUUCGAAGAUUAGAGGAUGAAAAUGAUAAACACGUCCAAAAUGAGGUUGCCUUCGAAGAAACGAGUAGUCACUUGAUCAGAGAAAUAUCGUCUUUAAACUUGAAUAGGGCUGACCUCGAGGAAAAGAUUAAUCAUCUGAGCGAAGAAAUAUCGUCUUUAAAUUUGGAAAGGGUGAGCUUGAAAGAGAAGGUCGAACAAUUAGAAAGUGAAAGAGAUUUCUGGAACCAAAAAGAGCAGGUCACAUCCGAAGAAAAAUUAACUGGACUUCGUACUGAAAAUUCAAGAAUACAUGCACAGGUGAUUGAAUUGGAAGGAUGCAGAAAUAAUCUCGCUGAAGAAAACCAGAAGCUGACGGAAACAAUUGCCUGUCUGCAGCUAAAAAUUGAAACCUUUGAAAAGAGUGCUUCUGCCACAGUGGCUGCUGGAGAAGAACCUGUGAAUGCUGAAAUGGAAGCUUAUAGUGCUUUGAUUGAUAAGUUAAUCACAGAAAAUGCAGAGCUUAUUGAGAAGAUGAACGAAUUAUACAUUGAGCUAAACAAUACAAGAGAUAAAACAAAGGAACUCUAUUCACCAGCAGGAUCUGAUUUGGUCUACGAAUCAUCAGACACUAUCGAAGUUGCCAAUCCAGUCUCAUUCCCUGGUGAAAGAAUAAAUUUAAGGGAAGAAACAGGUAAAGGGAACGAUGGGGAGAAUCAAAGCACUUGGGAAAUUGUUGAUAGUGAUUCGACAAGUCAAUCAGGCAAGAAGAAUUUCGAAGUUAUUGAUAUUACAGACGAGGAUGAUAGUAAGAGCGAUGGCAGUUACUAUCAUAAUACUACUAUUAAGGAAAAUGCUGUAAAUUCAAACUCUCAAGAAAUUACCAGCCUAGGAGAAAUUGAGAACCAAACAUCAGUGACCAGCCAUGAUGAUCUUCAAAACAAUGAGUCAGUUCUUUUUACAGAUGCUCCUUUAACCGGGGCUCCAUUCAGACUGAUAUCGUUCUUUGCUAGAUAUGUUAGUGGUGCUGAUUUAGUGAACAAGGAAGCAGCGAAUUCUCGCUUAUAGUUUGGUGCAGACCAUUCGUUAUUGCUCAUUGCAUAACAGGUGGAUUUCUAGUAAGUAUUGAUUUAUUUACAUGUGUAUGCGAUACUUACCAACUCUUUCGGGAAGUCUCCAUGUUUUGGUAGGAGACAUGAAUAUACUUUUUCUUUUCUUUUUUUACUUUUAAACUUUUUUCGGUUAUACACAACAUCAGGGCUGUGUAGAUUGUUAUUGUAAAACCAUUGUCUCAAUUGGAUGAUUUGAUAAAGUCCAAAUUUGUGGGGUUUAUAUUUGGAUUGUCAUUGUAAAACCAUUCAAAAGAUGUCAUUGUCUUAAAUGGAUUAUUUACAGUUUAACCUAUGGA